AUGCGCGCAGGCACUAUUCAACGAAUGCGGGUCGAAUAUCCGAAAACGCCGAAUCCCGAAUGCCGAAAAGCCGAGUGGUCGCCCCCGCUCGGUGACAUAUCGGAAUGUGACUCCAUUUAUCCCCGCUUCCUAUUGGAAUCCGGAGUGACUCGGCAAAUUGGAAAUUGCGUUACAGUGAACCCUAAAAAAGAAAAUAUGAUGGCAUUUUGCUCAGUCCCGGAGCACCGGGAGCAGGGAGUCAGAAAGGUCAGUGGGCAGCGGCUCGUAAAAUGUCGCCUGCUGCCCUGCGGACACGACUUCAAACUAUAG